AAAACCGACCGAGCGGCAAAAAGGGCUUGGGAUGCACAACGGGACAGAGGAAACACAGCUUUACGGGCAAAAAACAGGACUGCUGAUGCUGCUGAACAUGGAGUGUCUCCUCCUUUGCAGAAUAAACCGAGUGUGUGCGGAUGCGGUCGGUCAGUGAGUUUAAAACAGAGAAAGAUUGGGCUGCUACUUUGAUUUUUUUUAACUCCGUUUGCGUUGUUACACACAUCUGCAAUGAUGUGGGCUGUGGACCGGAGCAGGACCGUACUCUUCCUUCUCCUCGGAUACCUCGCCUCCAAAGCUGAUACCAAAACACUCCCGGAGGACACAGCCACCGAAGAGGUGACUCUGAAGGUUCACCUGAGCGAUGCCAGCACUCACCAGCCCCUGGGAGGAGCCACCAUACAGCUCUUCACCAACCACACUUCGGUAACCACGGAAACCUCACUGGCUGAUGGUAACACCUACCUGCGCUUUCCCUACCGCCUUGGGACACUGUUGGUCGUCACCGCAACCAAACAGGGAUAUGUGCCAAACUCUGUGCCCUGGACACCCUCCAGAUUACCUGUUUUUUCCUCCAUCAGCCUGGACCUGCUGCCAGAGAGAGCUGCUACUCUGAUGGUGUAUGAUGACGUUGUGGAGAUUGUGUCAGACUUCCAAGGUUUCAGAGGUCAGCCCAGUGUUCAUUUCCAGCGCAGAGCCUUGAGUCUUCCCUCCAACACAUCCUACGCCAACCUGACCGCUCUGCUCACUGUGGCCAGCUCCCCUUCACACAUCCAGCACUUCCCCUACCUGCAGGUCCUUGCCGGCAACGGCACAGGGACCGAGAAGAGGUUUGAGUUGACUCCUGUAGCAGCAGUUUCUGUUCACUUAUUGGCCAGCGAUGGAGUGGAGCUGCAGGUGACUGAGCCAAUCACGGUCUCCGUCCCCCUCUCAGCUGACAGCGGCCUGAAGGAAAAUGAUCACAUCUCUGCUUGGAGAUUUGACCCGCGCUUGGGCGCCUGGAUAAAGAGCAGUUGGGGUCACGUGCGGCGGGAGGGCAACCAGCUCAGUCUGACCUACAUUGCUCCUCAGCUGGGAUAUUGGGUGGCAGCCAUGUCGCCACUACACUCAGGUCCAGUACUUGCAAAGGACAUCAGCACAUACCACACUGUGUUUCUGUUGGCUAUACUGGGAGGCAUGGCUCUCAUCCUGCUCUGUCUGCUCUGCAUCCUUCUGUACUACUGCAGACGUCGCUGUUUGAAGCCUCGAACAUCUCACCGCAAGCUCACCCUGUCCUCUGGUCUGGACAGCAGUAAAAGAGACCAAGCCACCUCCAUGUCCCACCUGAACCUCAUCAGCAACGAGGUUCAGCUGGAACUCGUUUCUACAGCAACUGAGCCUGACAUGACCACGCCGAUGCUGAAGCCUUCCUCAUACGAGCAACAAGACAAUCAACGUCAACACAGCCUAGUCCACAUCAGCAAACACAGCCGCUCUUCUCUGGGCAACAACAGCCACCAUGGCUCAUCUCUUGGCAACCUGACGCCUCGCAGCAGAGACUACCGACAGUCUGUGGAGACGUUCCAAUUAAAGGCUGCCCUCUCGAGUGGAACAGACCGGGGUUACCGUCAAUCAUACACGUCCGUCUGCUCAUCCAAUCAUAUUUCAGACGGCAAUCAUGGACCGAUGUCAGCUCACCAGCUGAGCAAUGUUGGGAUUGUUGACUGCAUCUCCCCUUGCUCUCCUCCUCACUCCCCCAGUAGAGGGGAAGGAGUUGAGUGCAGGGCUCCUGACUACCUUCUGUCCCGGUCUGUAGACCACCUGGAGCGCCCCAGUCCCCCAUUGCUACUCUCCCAGCCGGGCCAGCUGCUCUGCUGUGGAUCUGUCGACCUGCUGAGUGGGGGGGAAGGUUACCCGAGGGUGCGUCCUACGCUGGUGAUCCCAGCACACUACAUGCGCCUCCCUGGGGAGCACCCUCUGUCUGGUCAGGCCCUCCUGCUGCAGACUGACCAGCAGAGUGACUUAGAGACCAUCCAGGCUGAGCUCAACGCCUCGCACUCCCAGCAGCCCCUCGAACAACCCCCCACAAACCACGCCCCGGGUCCCACCAAGAAGGUUGAAGGAGAGAAGCUCGGCCUGUCUGAGUCUCUGUCGAUUCCGGCAGCACUCGGGGAAACAGGUCUUGUGGAAAUAAACAGCGAGGACACCCUGCUGGCUGAAAAGACUUUAAUGGAGCUGCGAGGAGGGAAGCCCCUCCCUCACCCGCGAGCCUGGUUUGUCUCACUGGAUGGACGCUCCAAUGCUCACAUUCGCCACUCCUACAUAGACCUUCAGCGGGCGGGGUGCCACAGCAACACGCCAGGUGCAGGAGGUCCGCAGGGUAACAGCAGUGGCGGGAGGCGGGGCAAUGGCAACGAUGCAAGUCUGGACUCUGGUGUGGACCUGAACGAGCCAAGAGCGAGCCGCAGGGGGAGAGACGCAGAGCGGGAGGAGAGAGAGAUCGAGAAAGACAGCUCGAAGGGCACAACACCAGCCAUGGCUUACACUCAGCUGGUGUACGUGGAUGAUCUGGAUGGUGGCGGAAGCGAGGAGGAGACGCCCAAAUCCAGUCCCCAGGACAGCAAACUAGGGCCUGUCUUGUCAGACAAGGCAGAGGGUGAGAGAGGGGAUCAGGUGAUUGGAGAUGCAGAGGGCAUACAAAUACAGGAAGAGCCCCCCUCAUUGUCUUCUUCGUCCCCUGCUUCUCCUCCUCCCCUGCCAACACCAGAGGGUGUGACUUUUAGGACUGAUCACACGCUGCUGUCAGUCUCUCCUGAUGACGACGCAGCACAUGAGGACGCAGAGGAGGAGAAGAAGAGCCCCUGGCAGAGGAGAGAGGAGCGACCCCUGCUGGCCUUCAACCUUAAAUGAUCCACAGACGACCACUUGAUCACGACUCCCCUCUGCCGGCCCAUAACGUGAAGGAUAUAUCCAUUUAAACUGAAGCCCGUUGUUCUUGAUAUAGCACUGAGAAAAUAUUUCAGCACUGGGAUCCCUCUUAGUUCAGAAAUGAAUUCAGAUCCUUCACAAUCUUCAAGAUCCGCUUUUAUGAAAUGACCACUGUCGUACUCCAUCACACACUACUUAACAACUCACUUUUUAGGCAUGAUGUACACAUUUGCCUGAGGGAGACGUUAGAGGCAAGAAUAUUUUAUGCACAACAAAUAUAUGCCUUUUUUUUAUAAAUAGCCUUUUAAGCAUAAAGGAACUGUAGUAGAAACAGUUGAUGGGUGGUUCUCACAUAUGAAAGACUACAGGAACCUUUUUCUCUUGAGCCAUAUUGGCCUCAGUCCACUGACUGUAAACGCUAGGAAAACACUACAUUCAAUCAAAGUGAGAUUAUUACCCUAAUUUGGCCACGCUGACUGAUUUUUAAGAUUGCGGAGCAUCUGCAAAAUACGGCAGGUGAUUCUGAUCUUUUCAUUAUGAUGAAAGUGAAAUGAAGCUGACGAUUUUCUAUACUUUUCUUACUGUCAACUAAUCUCAUUUCUAGAGCCAAACCAACAAUGACCUGAUCCUGCUUACAAGUAUUGCGUUUGUAUCUGGUAUAUCAUAUUCCUGUGUGCUGCAGAGCUGUUGCACUUGGUGACAUGUUCCAUCACCUCAAAGAUUACGGUCACGUUAGUUUGUUUGGAAAUGGCUCCAAAAAACAACACAAUGGCUGUUAUUAGAGGAGUCGUGAUAUAAAGGAAUGUGUAACAUAGAGCAGGGUGUGGCUCAUUUACAUGUUUUUUGACUACAGUACAGAUAAAAACAUUAUAACAACACCUUGGUGACAUACACAGUACUUUUAAGUAGGAACAGUUCAUUGUCGGUGUGACACAUGAGAUUUAUUGACAGUAGGUAAAAUGUGUUCCUGAGUUUAAUGAGAGCCAGAACAGCAAGAAUCACCCCAGACAUAAACAUGUAA